AUGAAGGCUAGACUCCGGCGACGGUCACACAACGCCGCGGUGGCCCUGCAGGGUGCUGAAAGGCAUGGCGGGGACCCGAGUGCAGCCCAAGCUGGACCUGCCAGCACCGCUCACCCCCCAUCCAACGGCUUCGGGUGCAGCCACGACGCAGGGCACACGCCCGCGCGCAUACACGCCGAUGUCCACUGCGGCUGCCUGGUGAGUGCAGGUGGGCAUCCCGAGCGUCUGCAUCGUGGUGGACGGAGACUCUGGGCACGCGCGCGUGCUGGCUGGCCAGCGGAGGUCCAUUCCACCCCUCCAGGCCGCAGUGGGCAGCCACGCUCCCCCCUUGCUCCAGACACAGCAGCCCAGCUGGCCUGUCAAGGGCUACCCAGGAGCGCAGGAGCCGGUCGCCAGCCUCCAGCACUGUCCACGGCCGAAGGGCUGACUCUGCUUCCCUUGCAGAGAAGGACCAGAGAUGAUACCUGGAAGGCAGAGGAGCUCAGGCGGCACCUGGCGGGCGCACCCGCACCCGCAGUCGGCGCCAAGGAGGAGAGGAAGCACCGGGAGAAGAAGCUGCGCCGGGAGGCGGAGGCCGACGGCCGGGAGCGCAGGGCCCGGGACCCCUCGCGAGAGCCCCUGCACCGCGACAGGCCUGCGGAGUGGGACGGCCACCCCUCCCGGGAGCACCCCCGCGGGGACAGAGACAGGGACAGGCCCAAGGAGAGGAGGAAGGACGGCAGGGAGCGGGAGAGGCCAAAGGACAGGCCCCGCGAGGCGGAAGCCGACAAGGCCCAGAGCCGCGGAAAGGAGCGCGAGCGCAGGGCCCGGAGGGAGGAGCCGCGGCCCCCGCGCGUCCCCUCAGACUGUCGCCAGCUGGCCGGCGAUGUGCUGGACCCGAGCGGUGAGGCUGCGCGAGGGCCCGCUCUGUUUAAGCUGCUUGGGGCCACUCGUGUCAAGGGCGGGAGCUGGAGGGAGGCGCAGGCCCCCCACGAAGUUUCUUCACAGUCUUUACCCGGCAGCUAG